CUGUAUGUCAGGCUAACCUGUCCUCUGAUUGGUUGUCAUCUGUCUGUCUGUCAGGCCAAGCUGGGCUCUGGUAGGCUGAUGGGACCGAAGGGUGUGUCCGUGGAUCAGAACGGUCAUGUGAUCAUCGUUGACAACAAGGCAUGCACCGUCUUCAUCUUCCAGCCAACCGGCAAGCUCCUUACUAAGUUUGGUAGCCGCGGCAACGGAGACAAACAGUUCGCAGGUCCUCAUUUUGCAGCCGUCAACAACAACAAUGAGAUCAUAGUGACAGACUUUCACAACCACUCAGUCAAGGUGUUCACCCCAGAGGGAGAGCUGCUGUUGAAGUUUGGAUCUAAUGGAGAGGGCAACGGUCAGUUUAACGCUCCUACAGGCGUAGCCGACUGGGGCAACAGCCGUAUACAGGUACAGUAAUAUAGAUACUGUAUAUCAUAAAUCAUGAUUACGGAUAAUUCUGAAUGAAUCGUGAACAAUGAAUCGCACAAAUACCCCGAAGACAUGCUAACCUCUCACCAUGACAAUAACAGGGGAGGUUAGUACACUGCUCAAACAAAUUAAGGGAACAC